AUGGGCGUUUUCCUCUCAGAUUGGCAACUCAGAAGUUGCAGAAUAAGAGUUGGCUAUGUUCCCAGUGACACACAGAAUUCGCUGUCAUCAGGAGCUUAUGGCAUUGAAGAGCUGCUGAAGCAUGUCAAACGCACAAUGAAAGGGAACACAACCUUGAAUUCGACGUUUGAUAACAGUUGGAAGAGCAGAGCACUGCUGGCGUGUUUCUCUCAUCCAUGGAUGCUUCCAAGUACGGAGGUGAUGUCAUGUGUCGUCGAGCAACGAAGGAGACCCAAGGAAUUCGACGAUUUCGACGAUCUAUGA